CGCUUUAUAACCGCAGUAAUAUCUUGGCAAGUUUUAUUUUUUUUUGUUUAAAAAUAUAUAAAUAUUCGUAUAUAAAAGGAGGAUAUUGUGUAUAAACAGAUUUAUUUUCAUACAAUACUUUUUUUUUUUAUUUGAAAAAAAAUAUAAAUGUCUUUUGUUACAGUUGUUGUGUCUUUUGAUAUUGAAAAAGAACCUAUUCAAUUUAAAUUUCUUUCAGAUAAAUUGACUUGGGAUAACCUUGUUCAUGUAGUUCAAUCUUCUACAAAUUCAUUGACAGAUCCUUUAGUUCUUUAUUACAAGGCUUCGUAUGAUUCUGAGGUAAUCGAAUCUUUAGAAAAUCAGGAACAAUUAAACCAACUUUUGACUCAUCGUCCUAGUCAAAGUAGUGCUAGUUUACAUCUUUAUGGCUCUAGAGAACAGGUCAAAUUACCUGUCUUUGUCUCUUCUGUUGCAGCAUUUAAACGUCUUGGUGAGCUGGUCGAAGAACAUAAGGAGUUGAUUCAAUCUAGUCAUCGUAUUGCUCGCUGGGUAAGCCACUUAGCCUGGUUCAUUUCAAUGAAUGACAGUAGUAAAGAGUUUGAUUCAGCAUUCAAAUUAUUGGAAGAAUUAAUUGAAAGAAAAAAGAAGCUAGGUCUACAUUCCAAUCAAAAUCAUGAUAUACUUUCUGCUGCUGAAGAUGGUAAAGAGUCUCAUAACUAUUGCUCUGAUUUAAAGGAUUCUGACUCUCGUCUUGAGCGUUUAUGGCGAGGUCCCUUUGGCCAUGGUCGCAAACAUUAUAAAGACUCUUUGAAUGACGAUGAAUUCUCUAGAUUUGGCAAAGAUUUUUGGAAGCAUAGACGCCAUCACCAUCAUCACUCACCUGCCUUUGAUGAAGAAGACUUCUUUUUCAGACCACGAAGUUUCAUGUUUGGCGGUCAUCAUGGUGGUCCUUUUGGUGGUCCCUUUGGUGGUCCCUUUGGUGGUCCUUUUGAUGGUCCUUUUGAUGGCCCUCGCGGCGGCCCCUUUAGUGGUCAUCAUGGUAGUCCCUUAGGUCAUCCUCAUGGUGGUCCUCAUGGUGGUCCUCAUGGUGGUCCUCAUGGUGGU